CUGGUUAGAGAAAAACGAAGCCGGCAGAAUGCAGUGGCUUAAAAUGAAGCUCCGCUUUAUAAACUUAAUUUUACUAUUAAUAAGCUCAGCAUGUGGCCAAUUAGGAGGCGAUCCCAACGGCUACCUCACCUACUGUCCCUGCAUGGGACGCUUUGGCAACCAGGCCGACCACUUCCUAGGAUCAUUAGCCUUUGCCAAAGCUUUGAACCGUACACUGAUCCUACCCCCGUGGGUUGAGUAUCGCAGGGGCGAGCUGCGAUCUCGCCAAGUGCCAUUUAACACCUACUUUGAGGUAGAACCCCUCAAGGAGUACCACCGCGUCAUCACUAUGGCGGAUUUCAUGUGGCACCUAGCUGAUGACCUGUGGCCUGAAUCGGAACGUGUUUCCUUCUGCUACAAGGAGCGUUACAGUCUCCAACAGGAGAAAAACGAUCCAGAAAAGCCUAAUUGCCAUGCAAAAGAUGGAAAUCCAUUUGGUCCGUUCUGGGACACUUUUCACAUAGACUUUGUGAGAUCAGAGUUCUAUGCUCCAUUGCAUUUUGAUGUUCAUCACAGCAAUGAGGCUGCCAAGUGGCAGGCCAAAUAUCCUGCGGAAUCAUGGCCUGUCCUCGCUUUUACUGGUGCCCCUGCUAGUUUUCCUGUUCAGUUAGAAAACUGCAAGCUGCAACGCUAUAUGCAGUGGAGCCAGAGAUACAGAGAUGCUUCAAAGGAAUUUAUCAGGGAGAAUCUCCCGCGAGGUGCCUUUGUGGGCAUUCACUUGCGCAACGGCAUUGAUUGGGUGAGAGCCUGUGAGCACGUUAAGGACAGCCAGCAUCUCUUUGCAUCACCGCAGUGUUUGGGCUAUAAAAAUGAGCGUGGUGCCCUCUAUCCGGAACUCUGUAUGCCCUCCAAGGAGGCCAUCAUACGCCAGCUAAAGAGGACUAUUAAGAACGUGCGUCAAACCCAACCAGACAAUGAAAUCAAGUCGGUCUUUGUGGCUUCCGAUUCGAACCACAUGAUUGGCGAACUUAGCACGGCUCUUAGUCGUAUGGGCAUCAGUGUACACAAGCUCCCAGAGGAUGAUCCUUACUUGGAUUUGGCCAUUCUCGGACAAUCCAAUCACUUUAUCGGCAACUGCAUCUCCUCUUACUCGGCUUUCGUAAAAAGAGAACGGGACUCGCACGGAUUUCCAUCAUAUUUCUGGGGAUUUCCAAAAGAGAAAGACCGCAAACACUCCAAUGUGCACGAAGAGCUAUAAUUGAUCAACAGAAAACUAUACUUAAAUACUCUUACAGGCCAUUUUCGGUUUCCAUCUCAGCAAGCAAUUUUUAAAAACAUUCUCAGUAUAAUGAUUAAGAUUAGUUUUACAUCACUUUUAAACGUAUUUAGUUUCGCAAUGUGUAAGAUAAAAGUUCCAAUUUAUAAUGACAAAAAAAAAUGUCUUCAACUCUUUUUUACAUAGUUAAAUAACCCUCAAAAUUAUUUGAUUCAUUAAUGAGUUUAGAAUCUUUUUAUCAGAAAAGCUAACUUUUAUUGUUUUAGCUCUAAAUCGUAAAUUAAAUUUUGUGAAAACCGUUAAAUGCCUUUAAAAACACUACAACUUAGAUAUAAGAUAUUAAAGUAUUCCUCGCAUUUA